UGCGCCCCCCACCCCCCCUUUUUUUUUCUUUUCCUUUCCUCCUUUCUCCUUGCCUGAAUUAGAAGCUCCAGGAAUGUGCUAAUUGGUGGCGGCCUCUUCAGAAAGAUAACCUACAGAUAAGAAAAUCACAUAAAAUGAGAACUGAUCCGCAAUAACAUUUUGUCUUUGAAGGGGUAAAUGGAACUUGUUAUGUGAGGGCAUUGAGGAAACAGUCCCCGGCUACUGAGAGGAAGAAAGGCCAGUGAGAAAAAUUCAGAUCGAGGAAUUUUAAUGGCUUUCAGGUAGAAGAAAGUGGAGACAAUCAAAAUGAAUUCUAUGGACAGGCACAUACAGCAGACCAAUGACCGGCUACAGUGCAUAAAACAGCACUUACAGAAUCCUGCAAACUUCCAUAAUGCAGCAACAGAGCUGCUGGACUGGUGUGGAGACCCCAGAGCCUUCCAGAGACCGUUUGAGCAGAGCCUGAUGGGUUGUUUGACGGUGGUUAGUCGAGUGGCAGCUCAGCAAGGAUUUGACCUGGAUCUUGGAUACAGGCUACUGGCAGUAUGUGCAGCCAACAGAGACAAAUUUACUCCAAAAUCAGCUGCACUGCUCUCAUCGUGGUGUGAGGAGCUGGGACGGCUCUUGCUGCUUCGCCACCAGAAAAGCCGGCAGAACGAUCCUCCAGGGAAGCUACCCAUGCAACCCCCCAUGAACUCUAUGAGCUCCAUGAAACCCACCCUCUCUCAUAGUGAUGGGUCUUUCCCUUACGAUUCUGUUCCCUGGCAGCAAAAUACCAACCAGCCUCCAGGCUCUUUGUCAGUGGUCACCACAGUAUGGGGUGUGACUAACACCUCUCAAAGCCAGGUGCUGGGAAAUCCAAUGGCAAAUGCUAACAACCCUAUGAACCCAGCAGGAAAUCCCAUGGCUUCUGGGAUGACUACCAGCAACCCUGGUAUCAAUUCCCCUCAGUUUGCUGGACAGCAGCAACAAUUUUCAGCCAAGGCAGGCUCCACUCAGCCGUACAUACAGCAGAGCAUGUAUGGGCGACCCAAUUAUCCUGGAAGUGGAGGCUUUGGUGGCAGUUACCCAGGAGGCCCAAAUACCCCUGCAGGAAUGGGGAUCCCACCCCACACGAGGCCGCCAGCUGAUUUCACCCAGCCAGCUGCUGCUGCUGCCGCUGCUGCAGUUGCAGCUGCAGCUGCUACAGCAACAGCCACAGCUACAGCCACUGUGGCAGCCCUUCAGGAAACGCAGAAUAAGGACAUGAACCAGUAUGGACCGGUUUGUUCCUCUUUCCAGAUGGGUCCAACUCAGGCUUACAACAACCAGUUUAUGAACCAGCCUGGUCCUCGUGGCCCUGCUUCUAUGCCAGGCAACAUGAACCCAGCAAGCAUGGGAGCAGGAAUGACACCUUCCAGCAUGAGUGGGCCACCCAUGGGCAUGAACCAACCUCGGCCUCCUGGGAUGAGUCCCUUCAGCACCCAUGGGCAGAGGAUGCCUCAGCAAGCCUACCCAGGCCCACGCCCCCAGUCUUUGCCUAUACAGGGCAUAAAGAGGCCGUAUCCAGGAGAGCCGAAUUAUGGAAACCAGCAGUAUGGACCAAAUAGCCAGUUUCCAAACCAGCCUGGUCAGUACCCCACUCCCAACCCUCCAAGACCCCUUACGUCUCCCAACUAUCCCGGACAGAGGAUGCCAAGCCAGCAAAACACAGGGCAGUACCCUCCUCCAACAGUCAACAUGGGGCAGUAUUACAAGCCAUCAAGGCCUGUACCUGUGGCAAAUUACCCUCAUUCACCUGUUCCAGGAAAUCCCACACCACCUAUGACUCCAGGGAGCAAUAUUCCUCCAUACCUGUCACCUAACCAGGAUGUCAAACCACCAUUCCCACCUGACAUUAAACCAAAUAUCAAUGCUUUACCACCACCUCCAAAUGCUAAAGGGAAAGUUCACGCUUUCUCUCCCUCUUCGAUCCCAGCCAACCACAAUGAUGAGCUGCGUCUGACGUUUCCUGUGAGAGAUGGUGUUGUACUGGAGCCCUUCCGGCUGGAACACAACCUGGCAGUCAGUAACCAUGUCUUUCACCUACGGCCAACUGUUCAUCAGACACUGAUGUGGAGGUCUGACUUGGAAUUACAGUUCAAGUGCUACCACCAUGAAGACAGACAAAUGAACACAAACUGGCCAGCUUCAGUCCAGGUCAGCGUUAAUGCAACCCCACUUACCAUUGAACGUGGUGACAACAAGACAUCUCAUAAACCUCUGCACCUAAAGCACGUCUGCCAGCCAGGAAGAAACACGAUUCAAAUUACAGUCACAGCAUGUUGUUGUUCACACUUGUUCGUGUUGCAGUUAGUACAUCGGCCAUCAGUUCGCUCUGUACUUCAAGGUCUACUAAAGAAACGCCUCCUCCCAGCAGAACAUUGUAUCACUAAGAUAAAGAGGAACUUCAGUAGUGUAGCAGCUUCCUCUGGCAACGCGACACUAAAUGGGGAAGAUGGAGUAGAGCAAACUGCUAUUAAAGUGUCUCUGAAGUGUCCGAUCACAUUCCGGCGGAUUCAGCUCCCAGCAAGGGGUCACGAUUGCAAGCAUGUACAAUGCUUUGAUCUGGAAUCUUACUUGCAACUGAACUGUGAAAGAGGAACAUGGAGGUGUCCAGUAUGCAAUAAAACUGCUCUGCUGGAGGGCUUGGAGGUUGACCAGUAUAUGUGGGGUAUUCUGAAUGCUAUACAAAACUCAGAGUUUGAAGAAGUUACCAUUGAUCCAACUUGCAGUUGGAGGCCGGUCCCUAUAAAGUCAGAUAUUCACAUCAAAGAUGACCCAGAUGGCAUUCCCUCAAAAAGAUUUAAGACCAUGAGCCCAAGCCAGAUGAUCAUGCCAAACGUAAUGGAGAUGAUUGCAGCUUUGGGUCCUGGGCCAUCACCUUAUCCAUCCCUACCCCCUCCUCCAGGAGGCAGCAACUCCACUGAAUAUGGUAACCAAGGCAACAGUUACCAAGGUCACGGCAAUUUUGACUUCCCACAUGGGAAUCCUGGUGGCACGUCUAUGAAUGACUUCAUGCAUGGGCCACAGCUGUCACAUCCCCCAGACAUGCCAAGCAGCAUGGCAGCUCUCGACAAACCCCUCAGUCACCCCAUGCAGGAAUCUAUCCCUCAUCCCGGCAGCACUGAUCAGUCCCAUACUUCCAUGCAGCAAGGUUUGCACGUCCCUCACCCCAGCAGCCAGUCAGGGCAGCCAUUACAUCACAGCGGGCCUCCUACCCAGCAGUCCCGGCAGCCACCCCCGGCCGCUUCUAGCAACCAUCCACACAGUGACCUGACCUUUAAUCCCUCCUCAGCCUUAGAGGGUCAGGCUGGUGGACAGGGAGCACCCGACAUGCCGGAGCCCUCGCUGGAUCUGCUUCCAGAACUCACAAAUCCAGAUGAGCUGCUUUCGUACCUGGAUCCUCCUGAUUUGCCAAGCAAUAGCAAUGAUGACCUUCUGUCUCUCUUUGAGAACAACUGAAAGCUUGUUGUAUUCUCCCAUCCCUUUCACUUGUUCACACGUGUGUGGCUGCACAGCGAGAAAUCUUUACACUCCUUUUCCACAAGAGAAGAAAAAAAACUCACAACUCGGUCCAGUGGUGCACUCCCUGCUUUCUUCAUCUCGGAACUGCUUUUGUCAGCUUCAAAGACUGCGAAAGUGAGGGGAGAAAAACACACACAAUAUAAAUAAAUGCAGUAAUCUCUGAGUCUGCCGUGCUACACGUGACAAAGAAGCAUAGACAGUUGUGCAGCUGUUGGAAACCCCAUUUGUUGUUCAUCCUCUAGAGAGAGAGUUCUGUGAUAAACAUAGUGUGAAGUAUCUUGGCAAAACCGAAUCUUGGCAAGGGAAGAAAAGGCAACAAAAUGGAACUGACCCAUCUCAGUGUCCUUCCAACGCAUGUUCUUCCAUUUAUUUGAAACUGUAUCUCCUCCUUCCACCCCACCUCCCCUCUGCCCCCCUCCAGCCACAGGGUUGCAUUGGGGUGAUUGUCCUGGCCUCACACAGAAAGGAAAACAAAAAUACAUACAAAGCUCAAAAAAGCACAAACCUACAGCUGAGUGGCAGAGCUAGGGAAGACACACGGGCCCAUCAGAGGGAGCCAGCAGUGUAGCUAAUGUGAUUUCAGUAACAGAAUCCUGAGAGUCUUCAGGCUGCAGCCGCGGGUGUUGGUAUUUCUGCAAGCACAGGAAUCAUAACCACCUCUGUGAAGAGGAUUCCUCUGCCCAAACACACAGAUUGGGAAAAUCUAAAGAUGUUGGCAAUGUUUAGAGGUUUUGUUGUAGUUUUGGUUUGAAACCAGUACCCUUUGUGGCUGAGUUAACAUCCAGCUCUUGUGGUUCUGUAAUAGAUCUUUCUGCUGUAUAUGCCAUACGGAACGGAAAAGAGAGGGAGGGGGGAUGCAAACCAAACUGUUCCUGAUUAUUACCUACAGCCUUCGGCACCCCAAGCGUUUGUGUCACUGUGCUGCACAAAACAUAUAGUAAGACAAGCUGGGUUGAAGGCAGCCAGGUUGAUUUGCAGGACAGAGGGAGAGUAACAUCCCUAUCUGCGUAAUUGCUUUUAAUAAUUGGCUUGAAAAGGGGCAUUGACAUUGGACAGACAUCUUACAGCUUCAUUUUCGUUUUGCUUUGCGUUCCUGUUUUGUGACUGUUACAGAUAUUUCAGCCCUUUUCUUUUCUCCUCCUUCAGUUUCUUUUGUUCAAACUUUGGCUGCCAGGAUGAGCUCUUUCUCCUGAAGGACCGGGCAUGGGGAGAAUCAGUAACUGUUGGUAGAUUGCUACUGCCCUCGAGAGACCCUGCUGCCACAAUCACUGCCUUGCCCCUGUGAUCUGUGCUUCUCGUGUGGUUGCUGCUCCUGCAUGAGCUUCCUGUUGCUUCUGUGCCCAUUUCUGUGCUCUUCGUCUCUCUCUCUCUCUUUCUCUCUUAUAAAUGAUGUACAGUAGCUGUGUAAGAAGUGCAUGUGUGCCAACUUUGCCCUUGUGGUGCAACAUUUCAGCUUUUGCCCACUGUAUAGUUAUUGGUUUUGUUUCUUUUAGUUACUAAAGCAAAUUUGACCCUGCUCCUUUUCCUCAUCCCAAGUCCAAUCAAACACCCUGUGUUUGCUCACCACAAUACGUUUUGAACAGAAGUGCCAGGGAAAAUCCUGUUAGUUCCUGUUGGUUUGACUAGCUAGCUGCCUAGCCCUCCGUGUUUAGUUUGCAGUGCUGUAAAUGGCAUGCUCUGUGCUUAUGACUCUGGAUUUGCUUUCUUCACCAAAGUCAGAUUUGUAAAUUCUUUGCGGUUUUUGUUCUGUUUUGCUCUCUUUGUUAACGUUUCCCACUACUGCUGUACAUGUGUCAUGAUAUAUAUAUGCUAGUCAGCAGCACCUUGCUGUAGAUAUUAAAGGAAAUGGCGGUUUAGUUCUUUUGUUUUCCAGUAGGAGUAUUGAAUCUGUCAAACAUUUUAUGUAGAGAUGGUCCCACACUUAUAUUUUUCCUGUUUCAAGUUUUUUUAAGAAAGGCGCUGUUCAUUAUGCAAAAUCAAUUAUUUUAAGAAUUGCUAUUGUAAAUAUCUGUGAAUAUUUUAGUAUCGUCUUUGAUAAUAUUCAGCAUUUUCAUGAUCUGGUUAUACUUUUGCUGGUGUUUUUAAAUACCUUGUCUGAAGAAAAAUAUGGGUCCUUUUUUAAACAAGAAAAUUGAGGGUUCUUUAACAGAAUAAGGGAGUUGGGUUUUUUUCUUUUUUUCCCCUCCUGUUUUCUCUUGAUAAAUUAGCCCAAAUUUUGUAUCCAUUUAUGUGUUGAAUGAAUUGGUAC